AAAACUUUUCUUUACAGACUACGGGAAUACUGCCAAGAUUGAGAGAUGUGACAUGGAUGGAAUGAACAGGACAUGGAUAGUAGACUCUAAAAUUGAACAGCCAACUGCCCUUGCACUAGACCUUGUCAAUAAAUAUGUGUACUGGGUUGACAUAUAUCUGGAUAGUGUGGAAGUUGUUGACUACCAAGGGAGAAAGAGGCAUACAAUAAUUAAAGGCAGACAAAUUAGGCAUCUUUGUGGUUUGGCAGUAUUUGAAAACUAUUUAUAUACAGUUAAUUCAGAUAACCUCAGCAUUUUACGAAUAAACAGGUAUAAUGGCACUGAUGUUCAGUCUCUUGCUAGACUUGACAAUGCUAAAGAGAUCCGGGUAUACCAGAAAAGAACUCAAACAACAGUCAGGAGCCACGCAUGUGAAGAGGACCCAUCUGGAACACCAGGGGGAUGUUCACACAUCUGCCUGCUCAGCAGCAACUACAAAGCACGGACCUGUCGCUGCAGGACUGGCUUCAUCCUGGGGAGUGAUGGCAGGUCCUGCAAAAGACCAAAGAAUGAAUUGUUCCUUUUUUAUGGGAAGGGACGCCCAGGAGUAAUACGAGGAAUGGACCUGAAUACCAAAGUAUCUGAUGAAUACAUGAUCCCUAUAGAAAACCUGGUUAACCCUCGUGCUCUGGACUUCCAUGCUGAAACCAAUUACAUUUAUUUUGCUGAUACUACCAGUUUCCUAAUUGGACGACAGAAAAUUGAUGGCACAGAGCGAGAAACAAUCCUCAAAGAUGAUCUUGAUAAUGUAGAAGGCAUAGCAGUAGACUGGAUUGGAAAUAACCUUUACUGGACAAACGAUGGCCAUAGGAAAACAAUUGCUGUGGCCAGACUGGAAAAAGCUGCUCAGAGUAGAAAAACGUUGUUGGAAGGAGACAUGUCCCACCCUAGAGGAAUUGUUGUUGAUCCUGUCAAUGGCUGGAUGUAUUGGACAGACUGGGAAGAAGAUGAAAUAGAUGACAGUGUGGGAAGAAUUGAGAAGGCAUGGAUGGAUGGCUACAGUCGGCAGAUUUUUGUAACAUCAAAGAUGCUGUGGCCAAAUGGUUUAACUCUGGACUAUGGUGCCAAUGUAUUGUACUGGUGUGACGCCUAUUAUGAUCACAUUGAAAGGAUAUUUUUGAAUGGAACUGACAGAAAGGUAGUCUACAGUGGAAAAGAUCUGAAUCAUCCUUUUGGACUAUCACAUCAUGGAAAUUAUAUUUACUGGACAGAUUAUAUGAAUGGGUCAAUUUUCCAGUUGGAUCUGGUUACAAGGAAUGUGACACUGCUAAGAAGUGAGAGACCACCUUUGUUUGGGCUCCAGAUUUAUGAUCCACGCAAACAGCAAGAAAAAUUACUGCUGGUGGUUUACAAAGGGAAGAAACAGUUUAGUCUUCAAAAUGCUGCUGAAGUAUAA